GAUAUUCGUAUUUAAGUGAGAUCAGGGGGAGGGCGCGUGACUGUAUAGCGAGCAGGAAGAACCAGCCGCAGCCAGCGAGCAACCGACUGCACGCGAGCGAGCGAGGCACCACAGCAAAGCGCGGCGACAGAGCCCGACUCAUUACCUGACAGAGACCGACCUUUUCCCCUCCUCCUCCUGCCCCCUCAGACACAAUGGGUGCGUUCCUCAGCGGGGAAGACUGAGGCUCUUCAUGAGUGCGGAAUUGGUUCUUAACCUUGUGUAACGUUACGUGUUACAGAGGACGAAGUAUACCCCAUGACGCUGCUAACCGAGGAGCUUAAGAGCGAUGAGGUAGAGACGCGCAUCAAGGCCAUGCGGCGUCUGCGUACCGUGGCGCAAGCACUAGGACCGGAGCGCACGCGCUCGGACCUGCUGCCAUUCCUGCGUGGUUCGUGUUAGAUAGCGUUAAGAUCUGUUAUUGACCCGGUUAUUAACCAGCGUAAUGGAGCAGAAGCUACAGAGGACGAGGAUGAAGUGCUCGUGGCGUUGGCCGAGGAACUUGGCGGCUUCGUGGACCAUGUAGGCGGUGCUGAGCACACCGCAGCUCUUGUGGAACCCCUUGAGGUGCUCGCCGGCGUGGAGGAGACCGUCGUUCGCGACCGCGCCGUCGAGUCUCUGCAAAAGGUUGUGACCGUUCUGCCCAACGCGGGAGACAUCAUGGUGCCUCUGGCCAAGCGCUUGGCCGAAGGAGACUGGUUCACGUCACGCGUGUCUGUAUGCUCGCUCUUUGCGCCCAUCUACGAAAAGGUGACGGACGCUGGACGCAAGAAGGAGCUUCGCGAGUACGUCUAGGGGCUUUCAGGGUGGUUGAUGACAGAGUUCCGAGUCUAAUUCAUGGUGUUGUGAUGUUGCAGCUUGUAUCAGUUGAUGUGCAACGAUGACACGCCCAUGGUGCGUCGUGCUGCAGCUUCCAACAUUGGCAAGUUCGCGAGUGCCAUGGAGAAGGAACACAUUGCCAGCAUGAUCCUUCCGCUGUUCCGUGCGCUUACAGCGGACGACCAGGACAGUGUGCGUCUGCUGGCUAUUGAGAACUCGGCUGCUAUUGCCGAUCUGCUUUCGCAGGACGAGAACUCGCUGCACGUGCUGCCUAUCGUGCGUUCGUCUGUCGAGGACCGCUCGUGGCGUGUGCGAUUCAGCAUUGCCAAGGACUUCUUCCCGCUCUCUCGUGCCAUGGGAACCCAGAUCACGGAGUCGGAGCUGCUUGGCUGCUUCAGCAACCUGCUGCAGGAUGCUGAGGCGGAAGUGCGUGCCGCUGCUGCGAAGAACCUGUCGGGAUACAUCUCCAUUAUCAAGAACGAGCUGUUUUCGAGCGAGAUUCUGCCACUGCUGUCGGCUCUUUCGCAGGAUACGGCUCCCAACGUUCGAACUGCUGUUUCCAUCGCGUGCAUGGAGCUUGCGCCUAAGCUGGGUGAAGCUACGUCCAAGUCGACGCUGGCCCCUCUACUUUUGCUCUUCCUGCGCGAUGAGGUCGUGGACGUGCGGCUGAACAUUUUGAAGCGUAUGGAACUUCUUGCUCAGUGGAUGGCGUCGUUCGAGUCGGUGCUUCUUCCCGCCAUUGCUGACCUGGCGCGCGACCUGCAGUGGCGUGUGCGUGAGGCCGUGAUCCUCUCUAUCCCUGCUCUUGCUGGCAGUCUGGGCAGUCAGUAUUUCCAGGAGCACCUGCUGGAGAUCUACGUUAGCGCCUUCACCGACAUGGUGGGCGAGGUUCGCCUUAGCGCCACGAAGAUUCUGCCACAGCUACUAGAGUCUCUGGGCAGCGACUACAUCCUUCAGAACGUUAUGCCGCGCCUGAACCAGAUCUUCGAGAAGUCCGUGAUCUACCAGGAGCGCGUCAAUGUGCUGCACGCGCUCAAGCAAAUGGCUGUGGAGAAGGUGUCGAGCGAUUUGUUGAACCUAAUGAUGACGCUGGCGAUCCGCGGCGCCCACGACAAGAUCCCCAACGUUAGAUUCGUGGCCUCCAUGACCUUAGAGCAACUGUGUAAACUCGCCGAUGCUUCCGUGGUCUCGGCUCAAGUCCGACCCUGCCUGACGGAGCUGGCGAACGAUUCCGACAUGGACGUCAAGUAUUACUCGAGUAUCGCGCUGGAUGCGGUCCAGGGCUAGACAGUGUAGGAACGCGCUCUUUUCGUGAGGAUUCGUGGAGGUGUUCGUCCCUCUUCUCAAUUCCUUUCUGGCUUUAUCUCGUGCGUUGAGCCCCUUCAAGAGCGAUGUCGCUCGUCCCUCCCUUCACCGGGACUCCCUUUUUCUGCUAUUCAUAUUCUUGCUCUAGAGUUUAGGCUGUGUUGGGCGCUUGGCAGCAAAACAGCAGCAGUAGGCAUAUAAAGCACCAACCCCACAGACAAUGUAAACGAAAGCUGGGCUUCGCAAUUGCUUUUAUGAGUUAAUGCAUCUCAUGCAAGCGUCUACUGCACCCGAAACCUAUGCAAUGCAA